GCAUUUCUCAGCAUACGUUUUGUCACGUGACCCAUUUUCAGCCAUCUUGUGGAUACGAAUCGAGAGACGCCACUCGCACACAAACUCAGCGCUGUCAGUAAAAGUAGAGACUUUCAAGGAAAAUGGCAGAAACCCAGACACUCAACUUUGGACCAGAAUGGCUUCGCGCCCUGUCUGGUGGCGGGGUUAGCAGCAGUGUGGCCUCCCCUCCGCUAUCUCCUGCAUUGCCAAAGUAUAAACUCGCAGACUAUCGCUACGGGAGAGAAGAGAUGCUAGCACUUUAUGUAAAGGAUAACAUGGUUCCGGUAGAUCUUCAUGAUAAGGAAUUUCUACCUAUUUUACAAGAGGAACCCCUGCUGCCAUUGGCGUUAGUCCCAUUUACAGAGGAGGAACAGAGAAAUUUCUCCAUGUCUGUAAACAGCACAGCAGUUCUCCGUCUGACGGGCAGGGGAGGGGGGACGGUGACAGGGGCACCCAGAGGACGGAGUUCCUCACGGGGGCGAGGGAGGGGCAGAGGCGAUGGAGGCUUUUACCAAAGAAGCUUUGAUGAAGUGGAGGGAGGUUUUGGCCGCGGAGGACGAGAGAUGCACCGCUCUCAGAGUUGGGAGGAGAGAGGAGACAGAAGGUUCGAAAAGCCAGGUCGAAAAGAUCCAGAUGGAGCACCUGCCCAUUUUCCAGUCAAUCACAUACGGGCCAACUAUGAGGAUGUUGCAGGGAACACUCGAAAACAAGAAUUUACACGUGAAAACUGGCGUAUGUCUCGAGACGAGCAGAACGGAGAGGACGAUGAUGCGGGCUGGAGGAUCGCAGGGUCUCGUCGGGAGAACGAGAGGUGGUGUCCCCCGAGUCCAGAUGGGCCGCGGUCUGCUGGGUGGCGGGAACACCCAGACCAACGGCGGCGCUUUCCAUUCGAUUCCAGGGACGAGGAGCGCAGCGGUUACCGCAGAGCUCAGUCGGGUAACGGGAGCGUAGAGGAGGAGAGAGACAGUUUGCCAGAAUGGUGUCUGGAAGACGCUGAGGAGGAGACGGGGACGUUUGACUCCUCGGGGGCCUUCCUCUCACUUAAGGUGAGAACAUUUGAAAAAGCUCCUAAGGAGCCAAUUCUGGAAGAGGCGGAGCUGGAUUUCCGGCCACUGGAGGAGAGUGAAGAAUAUGCAGAAAGAGAUGAAAGCGAAUCAGAACAAACCAAAGAUGCUGACAUGGACACUAGGCAAGAGGGAGAAAGAAGUGACGGUUGCAGUAAAUCAGGGGAGCCAUCACCAGCUGCUGUAGUGUUGCCAACAGCGGUUACCCCACCAGAGCCCGCAACCCCAGCACCUCUUCCUACUGUGCACCCGGAACCAGCUGAGAACACCGAUAGACCGUUGGAGAGACCAACUGUACUCGAAUCAUGUAAAGCACCACCACACACCGCCCUACCCAACAGCAUCGUGGAAGCCAUUUCCAUACCACACAUCACCACCAAACUCCCAGAUCUUCCGGUCCCAUCUUCAGUUCUUCCUGCCCAGCCAAUGUCCACUCAAACCCAGCACGUCAAACCUGUCAAGGUGCCGGUGGCAGGAGCACCACUACUUCCUCUAUCAACAGGCGUCGUGGGUCCCAUCAGUCGGCCCAAUGCCCUACCCUCUGACAUGGAUGAGGAUGAGGGACUGAAGCACUUUGAACAGGAAGCAGAGAAAAUGGUGGCGUACCUGCAGGACGGGGUUGUGGACGAUGAGCGUUUGGCUGCUAAGCUGGUCACAAAACCCACAGCUCUUCACACUACCCACGAGGCUGCAUUCAAAUGGUUUUACAAGGAUCCGCAAGGAGAGAUCCAAGGACCGUUUAAAAACCAAGAGAUGUCGGAGUGGUUUCAGGCGGGUUAUUUCACCAUGACCCUGCAGGUGAAGCGAGGAUGCGACGAGAUGUUUCAGCCUCUGGGUGAUAUUAUGAAGUUGUGGGGACGAGUGCCUUUCACCCCCGGCCCGACGCUGCCUCCAAUGGUGGGAGAUGCUGAACAAGAGAGGAUGAAGCGACAACAGGAGCUUAAUGCUUUAAAUAUGUUUCAGAUGCAGCAGCUGCAAUUUCAAUACCUACUCAGGCAACAGUACGCUCAGGCAUUGGCUCAGCAGAAGGUUUUAAGCUCCGCCCCUCCUCCUCCCACACAGCAGCAGCAGCAGCUAAACCUUCUUCUGCAUCAGGCCCUCAAAAUAAGAACUCCGGAGCCACAACAGAGCCUCUUGCCUCCAGUCACACGCUCCAUGUCGGUUCCAGAUUCAGGGUCUGUUUGGGAAAUGCAGAACCCUUCCACUCAGGCCUCCUGUUCUCCAAACAUGCCGCCGGCCGCUCCAAGCACUUGGGAAGGGAGUAGCGUUUGGGAUUUGCCAUUGGACUCAAUGGCUCCGGUGUCUUCCAUUGAACAGCAGAUACAGCAGAUGGAGAAAGCCAAAGCUGUGAAGCUGGAGAUGGAGAGACGAGAAGCAGAGCUUCGAGCUAAAAGGGAAGAAGAGGAGAGGAAACGUCUGGAGGAGGCUCGACGUGCCAGACAGGAUGAGGAGCGGAAGCGAUUGGAUGAGGAGGAACUGGCUCGCCGCAAGCAGGAGGAGGCUCUCCAGAGACAGUACGAGCAGGAGGAGGCAGAGCGGCGGCACAAAGAGGAGGAGGAAAGGUUAGCUCAGGAGGAGACUCUCCGCAAGCUGGAGGAAAGGAGGAGAGAAGAAGAGGAGAGGAGAAAAAGGGAAGAAUUACUGCGCAAACAGCAGGAAGGGGAGCGCAGGAAACGGGAAGAACUGGAAGCUUUGAGACGACGUGAGGAAGAGAAGCAGCAGCAGCAGGAAGAGGAAGCAGCCGCCGCUGCAGCGUUGGCACGGCAACAGCAGGAGGAGCAGAAGAGGAGAGAGCAGGAGACGCAGAAGCAGCAGGAGCUACAGAGACAACGGCAGCAGCAGCAGGAGGCUCUGCGCAGACUUCAGCAACAGCAGCAGCUCGCACAGAUGAAGCUCCCUUCAUCUUCAAAGUGGGGUCAACAGUCAACCACAGCAAGCACCAUUUCACAGUCUCAGAACGCCCUGUCGCUUGCCGAGAUCCAGAAACUGGAGGAGGAGAGAGAGCGACAGGCACAAGAGGAGCAAAGACGACUGGAGCAGGAACUCCAUAGGAACCAGCCGCAGCAGCAGCAACCUCAGACGAAACUCUCCGGCUGGGGGAACGUUGCCAAACAGCCGCCUGCUACCAAAUCCCUGCUGGAGAUUCAGAGAGAAGAGGCGCAGCAGAUGAAGCAGGGUAAAGAGCAGCAGCAGCAGCAACAACAGACACCACAGCCACCGCAGCAGCAGCAGCCCUUGUCCGUCACCCAGCAAAUCCGCACGCAGAACCGAGCUACCCUCAGUUCAUCGGUGUGGGGUUCUGUCAAUAAUAUUGGGUCAAACUGGGCUAUGGACAGCAGUAGUGUGUGGGGUGAUGCUCAGAACUCGAAUGUUGGCUUCUGGGACGAGGCAGUGAAGGAGACCCCCCCACCUCAGGCUACCCGCAAGAGCCACACCCAGAAAAACAAAGGCAACGCUAACCUCAGCAACAGCAGCAGCGGUAAAGUCAGUAAAAAGGUGGAAGAAGAGGAGAAGCUAAUGAAGCUGUUCCAAGGAGCCAAUAAUAAUCAGGACGGCUUUAUGCAGUGGUGUGAACAGACUCUACACACGCUCAACGCGGCCAAUAACCUCGAUGUCCCCACCUUUGCGUCAUUCCUGAAGGAAGUGGACUCCCCGUACGAGGUCCACGACUACGUGCGAGCCUACCUUGGUGACACACCUCAGGCCAAGGACUUCGCCAAGCAGUUUCUGGAGCGCCGUGCCAAACAGAACACUAACCAGCAGAAACCUCAGCCAGGCCAACAGCAGAAACAGCAGGAAUCUAUGUGGGGGGUGAGCCAAGUGUCCCAGCAGGUUCUUCAUCAACAACAACAACAGCAGCAGCAGCAGAGGUUCGAGACGGUCACAUCCGGAAAGAAGAAAAAAAAGCAGAAGAUGGUGCGAGCUGAUCCGAGCCUUUUAGGUUUUUCUGUUAAUGCCUCGUCUGAGAGACUGAACAUGGGUGAGAUCGAGACCGUUGAGGACAUUUGAGGCAUGCUGAUCAACAAACUUUCCCUUUGAACAUCUGCCAUUAUAUUCCCUCCCUCCAAACGUUUCCUUUUUUAAUGUAAUCCUCAUUUUGAUUUUGAAUAUAUUCGGGGCAGCAAGUUUUUCUUCCUCCUAACCAGGUGGAUACUCAUGUUGCAAUAACAGCUCUGCCCCGACGCCAAGAAGACAACCAAAAAUUCCCAACAGCCCUUACACAGGACGAGAGGGAAGACGAGCGGACUAUCUCACCGUCUCCUAACACAUCAACUGUUGCCCUCCACCAAGGUGGUGCGUCUGCUUACAUUCAUGACCGUCUCCCACGUGGAGUUUCUUAAAUUGAAUAUGCAAGGAGAGCAGAGGAAAAAACUAAAUUCUCCCCAUAACAUCUUUCUUUUUUAUUUAUUGCCCAUCCCCACUUGUUUGGUACAUUUCUUGUUUUCUCCCGUUUUGUUGGCGGAUGUUGACGACAACGUUAGGACUCAAGGACAUGUAUUCAACAGUGUCCUGUUUUAAGGACAUGUUGAAAAGUUCCAGAUAGUUAUUCAUUUCUUGUAAAAUACUAGGCUGUUUAAAGAAUAAACAUUUGAUUCUGCAUCUGUAUUAUAAUAUAUGGAAAUGAUGAACCAGUGGAGUCAUACGUUUUUUUUAUUGCAGUAUGAGAAAUAAAACCAACAGUCUCUUGUGUGGGCUGUUAUACACA